GGCUCUCUCUCUCUCUCUCUGAAAUUUCUCAGUCUCGUAUCGUCAUCGUCUUCGCGGAGCUCAAUCGAAGAUGUUAACUGCAGAUAUACCACCGAAUCAGUCUAUCUACAUCAAAAACCUCAAUGAAAAGGUCAAGAAAGAGGAAUUGAAGAGAUCUCUUUACUGUUUGUUCUCUCAGUUUGGGAGGAUACUUGAUGUGGUUGCUUUGAAGACUCAUAAGCUCCGUGGACAAGCUUGGGUUACGUUUAGUGAAGUCACUGCUGCUAGUAAUGCUGUUCGUCAGAUGCAAAAUUUCCCCUUCUAUGAUAAGCCAAUGCGCUUACAAUACGCAAAAGAGAAGGCAGAUUGUAUUGCCAAAGCCGAAGGAACUUUCGAACAAAAAGAUAAGAAGAGGAAGCAAGAAGAAAAAGUUGAAAGAAAGCGUGAAGAAACCCAACGACCAAACACGGCUAAUGGCCCAAGUGCCAAUAACGGAGUCCCUCCGCCUCCGUUCCAGCCGAAUGGGCAAGAAGCGAUGCCACCGAACAACUUACUCUUCAUUCAAAAUCUCCCACACGAGACAACAAGCAUAAUGCUUCAGCUUCUCUUCGAACAGUACCCUGGAUUCAAAGAGAUAAGAAUGACCGAAGCAAAGCCAGGAAUCGCCUUUGUAGAGUUUGCAGACGAUGUUCAAUCUUCCAUGGCAAUGCAAGCUCUACAAGGUUUCAAAAUCACUCCCCAGAAUCCAAUGGUCAUCUCUUUUGCCAAGAAAUGAGUUUUGUGUUCCUUUUUGUUUAUUAUCGUCUUUUGAGAUUAGACAAUACUGUACCAAAACCUGGUGUGUGUAUAACCAACGGUUCUAUUGUGGUAAACAAGAGAUUGUUCCGGUUUGGUUUAAUCAUUGAUAGAGACCCUUGAAACGCGGUUUCACACUUGA